GGUGCAAGUGUUAUCGCCGCGUCGCCCACGCCGCGCGCGAGUAAAUCACCAAACACGCGCCCGCGCCGCCACGCCACGCCGCCACAAUCUAUGCAAAUCGCGGGCUCAAACUUAUUGCUCUCGCCUCGACUCCUUUCCAAAUGCAUACUAAAUAGCUCACCGACCACGCCAGCCUUUGUUCCAUGUUUUUCACUUAACCUCUUGUACCAUGCUCGCUUGAUUUUUAAUUAUAAUCAGAUUGUGCUCUGUUAAUGCUGUCAACCGUGACCGGUGUCACCUAAAUAUUUGAUGUGUAGUCAAAAUAUUUUUUGCAUUUUCCGCCAUUAGACGUGCCCAAUUCUAGUAUUACAAUUGAAAUAGUUGAAAAUUUUCCGCCGAUACUUAAGCAAUGGCUUACUUACGACAUCGUUUAAAUGAAAGUCAACAAGCAUCAGAUUCGCACAAUAGUCUAGUUAAUUAUAAUUUGAUUCUUUCAGUGCUCGUAGUAAAUAUUCCCAUGGUGUUCUCAGAAUAAGACACAGAAUGUAACAAGAGAUGUCGCUCUCGUUCUUCCGCAUAGAUGCUACUCGCAUUGCGAUCCAAUUAUACUUGAUACCGUCGAGAAAUAUUAUUACACUGAUUUGCUAUGGCAAGAUAAUUAUUGUGAGAAUCGUAAACGGGCCACAAAGCUAACCAAGUAUGGUCGCAAUGCAUCAGCAUGUUGUUUACAACGCUGAAUUGGUUUCCUGUGUUAUUUUUUAUACCACUGGCCACUGGAUUACGCAGAAAUAAUUCCUAUGAUGUAAUUGUGUGAAGCAGGGUUGGCACAUGCGCCGCUUGUUUGACGAUUCCACAUUUGACGUACAUAGUCACGUACUAGAUACUUAUUAUUCACGCCAUAACGUAGAAGCAAAUAAUCCCUAUAAACGGCGCAUUACGGCUGUUUCCAUGCGCCUAUCCGACGAGUUACUUUUGAUCGAUAAUAUAUAGAUCUAAAACUUUCGUGUGUGAACUUUCUAGAAGUCAAAGAGUUGCACUUGAGAGAUCAUGGCUACGUCCAAUUGGUCAAUGAACCCUCGCGAAUUGUCCACAACAAUUGUCUCCCGGCACCGCAAGGCAGCUGCAUAACUGUAACGGUUAGAAGUAUUAAUUGCACGACCAUCACUCGUGCAGUAUUCAAUGUUCUCGGAAGGCGAACACUGUCUAACCUCGCUUUGGUUAACUCUGGUUAUCGAAGCGUAUGAAACUAUUGAUUGUAGCACUUGAAUGACUCUAUAUCACGGCUUAACCGAUUGCAAAGUACUUGAGGUGUUCGCAACAAACUUGUUGCACGCUAAGAGCGUACCUAGCAUAGUCAUAAACUUAGUUAAACCCUCUGUCGGCAACAUUGCCGGCUUCAGUGCAGUUGAAAUUAAUUCGAUUAUCAGCGCACCUUGAUCUCAGUAAAGCUCUCAGAUUCCCUUCAUUAGGCGGGUACGAGGCCACGAGCGCCUGCGCCGUAAUGAAACAAACACGCUCAACGCUGUUCAGCCGUAAGUUAUUUGUGAAGUUACAUUAAACUAUUACUCAAUAUUCAGGAGGCGGUGGCGCGGCGCGUCCUGCCUCGAACUCACGCACUCUGCACUGGAAGUUGCUCAUGAAUUCAUUGUUUUUGACGUGGCACUGGUCGUGUGAUAUUGAACCACAAUAGGAAAGAGUUCAGGUCACGUUUGAAGUCUGUACGGCGGGGGAAUAUUAAACCUUCCAAAUGUAUUGAAUGGCUUGAGUUUUUGGAAUUCUUCCUUAUACAAAUGUACAUUUUAUUGAAUAAUAAAUUCAUAUCUCUUUCUUGUUUUUCAUUUGUAAACGAGUUAAUCAUGUUCCGCGAAAUUUGUAGUGAUUUGAUAUGAUAAGAGGCGCAUCCAUAAAUAGCGAUAACGUUGAAUGUGUUAAUAAAUGUGUGGAUGUGACGAUAAUGUUAAUAUAUAAUUACUGAUAUUACGUUAAUGACUACCGAAUCGCCUUACUAAAAACACUUUGCAUAUUCAUUCAUGCGGUGUAAAUUACGUUAUAUUGCUAACCGUCAGCGUUAAUUAGUGUAUAUUGACAGUGCGAGAGUCUUGUUCAUCACAUAAACGGACCGAUCAAUUAAUGCAAUUAAUUCAAAAUUCGAACGGCGGUUUAAAGGCAGUUGUAGACAUUAGGGCGAUCCAUCAAUUGCAACAUUACCACCUAUGCUCAACGCUGGCCACUCUGUUAUCUUUGGGUUGCGUCGGAGCGUCAUGCGCUGGCGCCUCUUCUUUGCGCCACAUCCGAGCGGCGCGCUCGCUGCCGGCACCAUUGCGUCCCCGUGGAGCACGGCCGCCGGCGCGCCCGACACCAAUGGCUCGGGCGGCGCCGACGCCAAGCACCUCGACGUUGGGGAUGCCAGCGACGAUGAAAAGGACAUGUCGGCCGCGGACGCGAGGGAGUAUGGAGUCCAGACAUCGAACAGAGCUUCCAGGAGGCGCUGGCGAUAUACCCGCCGUGCGGCCGCCGCAAGAUCAUCCUAUCCGACGAGGGCAAGAUGUACGGUGAGUCCGGACAUGCUAGAGGAACUAGCUGGCUAUGUUGAGCGAUGCCGGCUGUGGAGUGGAAGGGUUCGAUUCCCGGGUUGUAUUCUUGUUGGGAAAUUAUUGAACUCUGAUUAGAUAUCAGCUGCUAUAUUUUUUGUAGGUAUACGACACUAUUAAACAUGAACUUUGAGAGAAUUUUAUAAUGUGCUGAUAUCGCCAUGCACAAUUCGUAGCAAGAAUAAUGUCGCCUAGGUCAAUAUAAAACACAAAAGCCAGACAAUUAUUAAACAUAACGUAGACAUUAUUACGGUCGAUUAACGUACGUACAUGUCAAUUUAUUUAAAUAAUGGAGCGAUAUCAAGGCCACAGCGCCCAAAAUGAACAAUGGAUGUGGCACGAGACAAAAGCCACUGUAGGUACCUAUUGAUGUGAGCCGACAAAGCGGUUUGCGCAAUAGGAUUCCACGGAAAGACGUGAACCGACAAUUAUUAUCUCACUCGAUCGUACCGUGUCGCCAAUUCGAAGAAGUCAACUGGAGUCGCGUCGCUUUUGUUCGCUGUUAGGACUUCAUCACGUUCCGGAGUUGGGAAAAAUCUGAACGGACACUAAAAACUUUCACCGCUUUGUGUGUGAAAGUAAAAAAACUCGCCCACUCUGUAUAAACCCGUCGAACGAUUCAAUAAAUUGUGAUUAUUAAAAUUAACCAUUCCCGUUCCUAGGGGGUGGGUGAUCGUGAAUUUUUUCACGUUACAAUGUUAACUCGGGAAGCUCGUUAACGCCUACGUGACGAUCGCUACAUAAACCAGCGUUUUGCCUUAGUAAAUUAACUGCUGGAGAAAAUCUGAGUUUACGCCGCCAUCGCCCGCCGAUCAUAACUUUGUAUUUGACAUUACAUUACAUUGAGCGCUAUCCAAAGAACUCCGUACUCUCAGGUUAUAACUAAAACUAACACAGACGCCGUAAUAGAUUCAGAACGGCCCUUUUUGGAAAGGUUAUGGAGCAGAAUUGACGUAGAACAAUUAUUAGUGGGAGCGAGUGCCAUUUACACCGCCGGACACACAUUAAGUUUGCGUCGAGCUCUAACAUUAUACGUCCCGGUUUUAAUUAAAGGACUGCCCGCUCAGGCCCGUCGUGGUGCCAAAUGGAAUUGCUAAACAAAUUUACCACAAAGGCGAUAUGUCCACCUUAAGUGAUUUAAUAGGCGUAAAGAAAUUCGCCGUUUAAAUUGCUCAGAAUCCCUCUUAUCUUUAUAAAAUGGAAAAAGGGAACGAGAGUCGUCGAGGUUUCUUGCUUUGUGUAAUUUAAUUAAACGUUUGUUUAGUUUAAUUAUUGUAUAUGAUAAUGAAACGUUAGUUAUACGAUUAUUCGAGACGAACAAAUUUUCUUGAGCCUAUAAACACGAAUAAAAGAGCAUGGUGGUGUAUAAUAAUUGCGGACACGCGCCACGGCCGCGUCGCCCGGACAAUAUAUGAGCACAUUACUCCGAGACGUGUCCUCCCGGGCUUAAUCUAGCGCCGGGAGUGCGUCAUCCUUGUCCAUCGUGUUCGGCGACCGCCGCGCCGCGCUCGCUGCUCACCCCAGCCGCGCCACGUAAUCUAAUGUCGCACUCAUUUUGUACACUUGAUUGCCGUGCACUCGUAUCU